GGCAGAAAGUAGACAUGCAACAUUGAUAAUAUUUGAUAGUAACCCACAUGCGAAUGUAAUCUGUCGUCACAGUGUUUAGUGAAGAAAUUGUCUAUUUAUCCAGAGUCUUGCACCUUUUCUUGCGUACAUUUGCAAGACGAGAAACAAUGUAAAAGUUUUCUCAUGUAGCAAGUUUUAAAGCUCUUACAUGCAGCAUGCUUCACCAACAUUACCAGCGUAAAGCACUGGUCAGCAGACUGAUUCUUCUUCAUGUCCACUUUAAAAAACGACUCAUAACAAUGUCAAUACCGGACUUAUCAGAGGAGAGCUCGAAUAAGCGAGUGAGAGGCAACAGUGUGUUACAGAUGAAAAAGGACAGGAGUGAAGCACCCCUCAAUGACGCGGUGACAAACAGCAGGGUGGCUGAAAACGACCCUGCUGCCAGAAAGUUUACAGAGGAAGAAAUGGCUAUUCACAGGAGCCAUAGAGAGGCUUGUGAGGCGAAGAAGCAGAUGUAUGUCGACCCUUCCAGUGGGUACAAGGUGUUCACAGAGUAUGCCCACCUUCAGAGAGGGAAAUGCUGUGGCAGCGCAUGCAGACAUUGUCCAUAUGGCCAAGUCAACGUGAAGGACCCUGCGAUGAAGAAACAGUUUAAUUCUCUAUUUUAUGUGUAGGCCUAACAAGCAAAAGGUAAUAUGCAAGAUACUGUUUAGAAUGGAGCCCACCACAUGUUGCUGUCUUCUGCUUGUCGUUAUUUGGACUACUUUGAGAGUCAUUUUUUAUCAGUGUACUAAAUGAUGAAAUAUGGGUAGUGUUUGUGCAAUACCUAUCUCCUCUGAAUUACAAUUCUUUGGAAAAACAUUUUCAUUCUCAUAAGACGGGGAAGGAGGGGAAAGGAUUUGUUCACUAGAAAUUCAUGUAAAAUAGUCUUUUAUCACAUUUUGUUUUGUUAUAUUUUUCUGAUAUUUUUAUUGAAUGUCCAAUGAAAUGCCUUGAGCUUCAUUUUUCGUCUCUCUUUAUGAGUAUUUAAUAUUUUGUGGUUUUCUGCUCUUCUGAUGCAUUUACAAGGGUUGUGGGAGUAUAGAGAUGAAGACUGAAAGUGCAUUUUAGAUCUUCGCCCUCAAGACAAAGGGCAUAUAAGCAAAAGUAACUGCAGAUAUAUUCAGAUGGAGUCUUGUGCUCUUUUGCUUUGCAUCUCUUGUUAUUUUUUUUCUCCCAAAUGUAUGACUGUAUGAAUAUUAGCAUCAUUUACACCCCACAACUGCUCGACUGAACUGUCUACCUUUGACUGAAAUAGGCUACUGUGUUGUUAAAAAUAAGCAGGGGCCAAGGGUCAGCCCUCACACUUGUGCUGCUUUUACACCACUUGAUGGAAUCAGGCUGUUAACAAACAUGCCAUGGACAUCAACAGCAGCCCUCCCCACCGGACUCGCAGCUCAGCCUCCUGGCAACACUUGGCUACAGCACAGCACCCUGCGGCUGCUCUCCUGAGCUGCAGCCUAAUGAACUCCUGGGCCCUCUUAUCCCAGCACUGCAAUAGAUCAGCUCAUGUUCAAGAGCAUGCAUAGAAGCACACAUGCAUAAGCAGACUUACUCCAUCACAACACCCUGUGGCUCCUAAUAGGCCAAUAUAGAAUAAAGGUUGCACUGAACAGCACACUUUGUAGCCCACAGUAUAGUACAACCUAAGGUCAAGCGCUCAUACUGCACUACCUGUGCGUGCAAGAGAUGUUGAGGAAAGAUGCGCCACUUGAUUUGUGAGUGCAUGUGGGUAGGCAGCGCGAUGCCUUCAGGCGCUGGCUCUGAACCUGCCACACACACUCGCCUGUCUCCGCCUGAUUGGGCAAACAGCGUCGGGAUGAGAGGAUGUGUCUGCCGCGGAAUUCUGUCGCAGCCGCCUACUGGCGUGGCCACAAUUUUCCACGGCAGGUGGGUCCCAAAGGCAAGUGCUUAGUGAUCGGAGCAAAGCCCUGUGAGCGGCUACAAGGAGAUUCAUGAUCCCAACAGUGCUGGGGAGGACAGGUUCUCGGGGACGCGUCGUCAGGCGGGAUGAGAGGCGAAGUUAUUUGGUGUUAUUCUAAACUGAGGCAGCGGAGCGUGCGGCAGCAACAUUUCUACAGCGGGACGGUGAAGGUGUCACACUCAUCAAGUACCUGGGCCCGCUUGCCUGCCGCGGCUCUGCGGGUUUUUGCCUAGGGACUUGUCUGUCACAUUAAAGUAGAUGCGUUGCCAUUCAGGGCCUCGGCGGUCCCGCAGCCUGACCAUGAAAUAGGCCAACUUUCAUGUCUGCCUCAUCCCUCCUCGUCUACCCAAUCCAGUGAUGGCACAGUUUGAAAUGUUUUGUUUUUUUCAUCAUGUUCUAGCUUAGCAGUUGGUGACUGAGACACAAACAGCACAACAAUCCCUUCUACAGAUUAAUGGGGAAAUGUAUUUGCAGAAAACAUUACAAAUCUACUCCUCCCUCUACAACCAGACUGGUCAAUCAUCACAUUUAAGUACAGAAACGUUGAGCUUUGUCUUACUGCAUUUUUUUAAUCACCCCCCCUAAAUGCUGAUUAUUUCCACAAUGUUAUGUUGCAGCAUUGAACCAAAAAGAAUGUGAUCCACCCAUUUCUUUCUUACUUGCUGCUCUGAAGUUGUUGUUUAAAAAAAAAAAACAUGCUUAGCUUUUAUUUAAUUACAGCUAAUUUAAUGUAUUUGCCAAGUUUAUAGCAUUAUUGUAACUUGCCUUAAUCAUGAUUGAAUUCACCUCAUCAAUUUUGGCUGUUAUACAACCCCCACCAUCCCAAAAAAAUAAAGCCCAGUCCAGUCUAAUUUAUUUUAUUAUUUGUUAUUUCUCAAUAUAUAGGGGAAAAUACACACAUGCACAUGUGCACUCAUACACACAUAUGCACAGCCAGUGGUAUCCCGUUGUGAAGAUGGGCUCCCAAGUUACUUUAGCCAACUAGACAUGUGAGGUGUUUAUUUCAGGCAUUUUGGACUGAACAUCUCUGACCUUCAGCUGAAGCAUAUGCUGUGCUGGAGCGGAGUGGCAGCUACAUAUCGUGUGCCUUUCUACAGGACGAUGGCACUAGCCGCAGAGAAAAAGGGAGCUGUCCAGUUUGGAACUGUGACCAGACAGGCUCUAGUCACAACCAGUUGACAGGCCAAGCAGCCCCCUCCUCCCUCAACCCACCCCCCCUCCUCUAUCUCAAACAGGCAC